UCUCCGUCUCUCUCCUCCCCCCUCCAGAGGUAACAUUGACGUCUCAGAGCGGGGACGUGUCCUCUAAAUUUGUCCUCCAUGCGGUCCACCUGGUGAAGCAGAGAGCUUACAGAGCCAACGAGUUCUACAAGUUCUCCUCUCUGCUGGAGAAGAGCUCCCUGACUGAAGCUUUCCCUGUCCUGUCAGGGAGGACAGUAGAGUUAUGUGUCGCCCGGUGGUGGGCCAGCCUUUGUGACGUCACCGUGACUACUAGUAUCUCCUUCCACGGCCUGACCACCUCACCGUCCACCUUCUACACAUACAUGCAUCAGACGGUGUGACUAGUUUUGAGGUGUCCUCUCCCCUGAGGUACGAGGACGUUUCUCCCAUCAUCACUCUGAAGACUUGGGUCCAGCCACUCAGACCUCUGAGUUCUAAGAUCAAGGCUCUGGGUCACAGAGAUGUCCUCCCCAACAACAGACAGCUCUACGAAAUCAUCCUCACCUACAGCUUCCACCAGCCUAAGUCAGGAGAGGUGACCCCCAGCUGUCCAGUACUCUGUGACCAGUUGUAUGAAUCAGAGUUUGACUCUCAGCUCUGGAUGCUGUUUGACCAGAACAAGAGACUGUUGGGCUCUGGAGACGCCUACCCACACCAGUACUCUCUGAAACUAGAGAAAGGUGACUACACGCUGCGUCUGCAGGUGCGUCAUGAGCAGGCCAGUGAGCUGGAGCGUCUGAAGGACCUUCCGUUUGUGGUGUCCCACCGUCUGUCCACUACUCUGACCCUGGAUGUGUAUGAGUCUCACCGCGCUGCCCUCUUGGCUAAGAAGAAAACCAACUCCCUGACCCUGACCCCUGGAGCUACCCAACCUUUUUAUGUUACAGCCCUGCCUGACGACAAGGUUCCUAAAGGAACAUGUCCAGGGAUGCUAUCUGACCGGCUCCCUGGUCGUGCCUAAGGGAGAAUACGGCAAGAAAGCAGACAUUGUGCCAGUGGUCUAUCACCUCAUCCCUGCACCCAACAAGACCAAGAAUGGAGCGAAGGAGGGAGCGAAGGAGGGGGCGAAGGAGGGAGCGAAGGAGGGGGCGAAGGAGG